AUGUUGUCUGUAAACAUUCGAACACUGUACAACCACAGGAGACAACUUGGUUUAGUGGACUAUGGGACUUUCACAAACAUUUCAAAUGUUGAUCUAGAUCAUCAUAUUACUGAGGUUCUUCAACAAACCCCUGGAUCAGGAGAGACAUACAUCACUGGUAGUUUGAGGGGAAGAGGGAUCAGAGUUCCGCGAUGGCGAGUGCGAGAGCGUUUAAGAAUCAUAGAUCCAGUGGGAAGAGUCUUAAGAGGACGAAGGGCUAUUCAACGGAGGGUCUACAAUGUCUCUGUCCCAAAUCAAUUGUGGCAUAUUGACACAAACCACAAGUUAAAUCCAUGGGGAUUCGUGUUUCACGGUGGAGUUGAUGGCUAUAGCCGCUGUAUUACCUACCUGAGAUGUUGCACGGACAACAGAGCAUCAACUGCCUUGCAACUUUUCCAAAAUGCAGUGGAUCUGUUUGGACUCCCACAUCAUGUCAGGGGUGAUGCAGGUAGUGAGAAUAUUGAUGUUGCAAGGUUUAUGAUUGAGAAUCGAGGGGCAAACAGAGGAAGCUUUAUGGUUGGUUGUAGUGUUCAUAAUCAACGCAUCGAAAGAUUGUGGGCAGAACUUAACAGGGUGGUGUCAGCUUAUUUUAAAGAUCUUUUCCUUUUCAUGGAAAAUCUGGAAUGCUCCAACUUCCUGAAAAUCAAGGACCACUCAAUAUUGCGCAUGUGCAAAGACCUUAUGAUCAUCGCCGGUGUCAUCCUGAGUUAA